ACCAAUGGAUCUCUUUGGUACUGACUGGAACGCAACUUGGAGCCGUGACGGCAGUCCCAUAUUUGAAGAUGGAGUACACAGCAUUUCAAAUAAUCAAACUAACUCAGUCUUAACUGUGUCAACUUUUAUUACUGCCGACAAAGGAGAAUAUGAAUGCAGGCUCAAAAGGAAAAAGGAUGAUUCAUUUUAUCGACAAAGAUCCAACGGAAUCUUAACACUCAAUGAGAAACCCGUCAUCAGAGUGGAACCAAUUCAAAAAUUUCUUAAGUGUGGUGAAACUCAGAUACUGACUUGCUCUGUCAACAACAACUACACUAUUAAUUUUAAGGACACAGAUGUUAAAGGUCAAACAAAAAUUUCGUAUACAUAUAAAAAUGACGCUGCCUGUAGAAACAGGACAAUUAUCUGUCAAUCAACCAGCUAUCCUGAUUUCAGUGCAACAAUAACACUGAUAAUAUUGAAAGAAUUGAGUAACACAUGUAAUAAUACAAUAUUUGGUGAGACACCCAAUAGCUUCAUGGCCAUAGCGCCUUGUAAAGUGAAUGAGGAUGGACAGCAGACCGCAUUGUGCAGCACUGGUCAAUAUGAGAAUGAACAAAACACCUGCAUACUGCGACCCAUUAAGGAUCUGCUUGACCAGUCUCAGUUCUUGACUGCCACGACAUUGCCAGUAUUUUUGGAACAGCUCAAAAGCGUCACUGUCAACUUCACUAAUGAAGUGGCUCAGUCUCCUCCCAACAUUAAGGCUAUUGUCAAAAUACUCUCCAAUGUAGCCAACAGAUCUUCAUUAUUAGAUAUCUCAAUUAGCAGAAAUUCAAUGGAGAAUAUCCUGAUAACUGCAGAUGCUCUCACCCUCAGUCAAACAAAGCCAUCAUGGAACCGUCUGAACAUCAAUGAUGCCAUAAACAUAUAUAACAACUCCAAAGCUGAAAGUGUCAGCUCAUCAUUCGUGCAGUCGCUUGAGACAGUAACACGUCGUCUUGUCAAUGACACGCUUAAUAUUAACACAGCAUCUAUUCAGUUAAACCAAACUACCUUCACAAACACUUUUGAUGCUGUAUUUAAUUCUUCGGUGGCAAUAGAAAUAGAAGCUGGUGGAGAAAAUAAAACAAUCACUACAAUAAUAUUUGACACAUUGGAUAAUGUACUCCCUGCAAGAGAUCAAGACAAUUCAUCAUUCAAUUUUAUAAAUGGCAGGGUUGCACUUGUUCAGUCCAGUGGUGAUAUCAAUAAUAUCUCUCUCACAUUUGAUAUUUUAAACUCUACACUGGGGAACCCUGAAUGUGUCUUCUGGAACUUCAGCCUCUUUGAUGGUCUGGGAGGAUGGGACAAUGAGGGCUGUGAGGUCGUGUUAAACAUAAAUGAAACGGGAACUGUGACCUGCAGCUGCAACCACCUGACCUCAUUCUCUAUCCUCAUGUCACCAAACAGUCCAAAGAAACUUUAUCUGGACAUUAUAACCUACAUUGGAGUUGGUCUGUCCAUGGGUUCUUUGGUCAUAUGUCUCAUCAUUGAAGCCCUCAUAUGGAGAAAAAUCAGAAGGAAUGAAACUUCUUACUUGCGUCAUGUUUCCAUUGUCAACAUUGCCGUGUCUCUCCUGAUUGCAAACAUCUGGUUUAUAAUUGGAGCGGCCAUUUCAGAUGCAGAUGUGAAAAACCCCCCAGCAUGCACUGCAGCUACCUUUUUUAUCCACUUUUUCUACCUAGCCCUGUUCUUCUGGAUGUUGGCCUCAGCUCUGCUGCUGCUCUACCGCACAACUAAUGUCUUUGGUGGAGGUUUGUCUAAAGCAUCUAUGCUGGCCAUUGGAUUCAUUCUAGGCUACGGGGCUCCUCUCAUCAUUGCAACAAUAACUAUUGCUGCAACUGCACCUGACAAUGGAUAUAUCCGAGAAAAUACAAUCUGCUGGCUCAACUGGGAAAAGUCCAAGGCUCUACUGGCAUUUGUGAUUCCUGCACUUUUAAUAGUGGUCAUAAACCUCAUUAUCCUGGUUGUAAUGGUGUACAAAAUUGUUAGAAGAAGGGUCGGGGCGAAUGCUGCACAAGCAGAUGAGAGGCACGUUCUGAAAGUUAUUGCCAAGAGUUUGGCAGUGCUCACACCAUUUUUUGGAAUAACUUGGGGUUUGGGAGUUGGAAUCCUGGCUAAUCCAGAGAAUGAAGGAAUCCAUAUUGCAUUUGCAUUCUUCAAUUCACUGCAGGGUUUCUUUAUUUUGGUGUUUGGAACACUGUUGGACAAAAAGGUGCGGUCAGAAAUGGCAGCCUGGUCACAAACCUCCCGAAGCACCAGAAGUGGGUCAAGGAGCACCAGUGCUGGAAACUCAUCAAGUGUAUUUGCACUUUUGAGGAACUGGAGACGAGGAAGAGAUGUCUACAACAUAUCAUCAAAUUCAUCGAGCGGUUCUUCUAGCAACACAUAA